CGCCAGGGGCGGUGCCCGCAACACGCCAGGGGCGGUGCCGGCUCCGCUCUCGCCUCGGUCGCUCCCGCUGCUGCUGCUGCCGCCGCUGUUCCUGCUGCCGCUGCCCCUCGCCAUGAGCACGGACCCCGUCGUCUUCGUCUCGGCCGUCAGGACCCCCGUCGGCUCCUUUAACGGCGGGCUGGCGGCGCUGCCGGCGCACGAGCUGGGGGCGGCGGCCGUGCGGGAGGCGCUGCGGCGGGCCGGGCUGGCCCCGGAGGAGGUGUCCGAGGUGAUCCUGGGGCAAGUCCUCACCGCAGGUGCUGGCCAGAACCCUGUCCGGCAAGCGAGUGUUGCUGCAGGCAUCCCUUACUCUGUGCCUGCCUGGAGCUGCCAGAUGAUCUGCGGAUCUGGCUUGAAAGCAGUGUGUCUGGCUGCUCAGUCCAUACUGACCGGAGACUCCAGCAUCGUGGUUGCAGGAGGCAUGGAAAGUAUGAGCAAGGCUCCUCAUGUCAUUCAUAUGCGAGCUGGGGUGAGAAUGGGAGAGGCUUCCUUGCAGGACACUAUAAUCCUUGAUGGUCUUACAGAUGCUUUUUAUCAGUAUCAUAUGGGUAUAACAGCUGAAAAUGUGGCCAAUCAGUGGCAGGUCAGCAGAGCAGAACAAGACCAACUUGCUGUACUGUCACAAAACAGGGCAGAGGCAGCACAGAAAGCUGGCUAUUUUACGAAAGAAAUUGUUCCUGUUCUUGUCCCUUCUAAAAAAGGUCCUAUAGAAGUGAAAACAGAUGAACACCCUCGACAUGGGAGCAACUUGGAAGCAAUGGCAAAAUUAAAGCCCUGUUUCCUGACAGAUGGAACUGGGACUGUAACAGCAGCUAAUGCUUCAGGUUUAAAUGAUGGAGCUGCAGCUGUAAUUCUAAUGAGGAAAUCAGAAGCUGCUAGGAGAGGUCUUAUGCCUUUGGCUCGGAUUGUAUCUUGGGCUCAGACAGGUAUCGAUCCAUCUAUAAUGGGAGUAGGGCCCAUUUCAGCAAUAAAGAAGGCUCUUGACAAAGCCGGCUGGACUUUGGAACAAGUUGACCUGUUUGAAAUUAAUGAAGCCUUUGCAUCACUCUCUGUUGCAAUAUCAAAAGAACUGAAAGUAAAUCCAGAAAAGAUUAAUAUCCAAGGUGGAGCUAUUGCUCUCGGUCACCCUCUUGGCGCCUCUGGUUGUCGCAUCCUUGUUACUCUUCUAUAUGCACUGGAACGAACAGGUGGAAAACGUGGCGUUGCUGCUCUCUGUAUAGGAGGAGGAAUGGGAAUAGCCAUGUGUGUUGAGAGAUGAACAAACAGCUACCAACUUUGAAAUACUUUUAACUAACUUUGAAAUACUUUUAACUAACUUUGAAAUAACUCACUAAUAAACUUCUAAUUAUGGAGGUUACUUUUUUUGUUGUCCCUAAAAUUAAUUACUUUUUGCCCCUCAGUCA